AUGAGCGCCGAGAACGAGAUGGAAAAGGUCAAAGUGGCUGUGAGAGUGAGGCCGUUUAAUAAAAGAGAGAUCGAUCUCAAGACGAAAAAUGUGGUGGCGAUGUGCAAGGAUCAGGUCAAUCUCGAGCAUCCGACUGAUGAUAAACAACCAAAGAAUUUCGCCUUCGAUCACGCUUUUUACUCGACCGAGUACGAUCAUCCGGACUAUGCAAGUCAAGAGGAAGUCUUUGAGUGUGUGGGAAGAGGAGUGCUCGAGAACGCUUUCCAAGGCUACAAUGCUUGCAUUUUUGCGUAUGGACAAACUGGUUCCGGUAAAUCUUAUUCAAUGAUGGGCACCGCUGAUCAACCGGGAAUCAUUCCGCGACUCUGUGAUGCCGUUUUCGCUCGCAUUGAACAAACCUCGAAUGACACUUUGAAUUAUAAGGUCGAAGUCUCUUACAUGGAGAUUUACAAUGAGAAAGUUCGAGAUUUACUCGAUCCAAAGAGCGCCAAGAAGGGUCAUCUGAAAGUGAGAGAGCACAAAAUCUUGGGUCCAAUGGUUGACGGGCUCUCGGUGUUGGCCGUUUCGAGUUACGAACAAAUCGCUUCUCUAAUCGAGGAGGGAAACAAAUCGAGAACGGUUGCCGCGACAAAUAUGAACGCCGAAUCGAGUCGAUCACAUGCCGUUUUCAACAUUCGUCUCACUCAAGUGCUAAUCGAUGCUGAGAAUGGGUUCUCCGGCGAAAAGGUGGCCAAAAUCUCGUUAGUCGAUUUGGCGGGAAGUGAACGAGCUGGAAAGACGGGAGCUGUUGGGAAAAGGCUUGAAGAAGGAGGAAACAUUAACAAAUCUUUGACAACCCUCGGAAUGGUGAUUUCUUCAUUGGCGGAUCGAUCGAGCAAAGACAAAAAGGACAAAUUCAUUCCGUAUCGAGACUCGGUGUUGACUUGGCUUUUGAAAGACAAUCUUGGGGGAAACUCGAGAACGGUGAUGAUUGCCACGAUUUCCCCAGCUGCCGAUAAUUACGAGGAAACGCUGAGCACACUCCGAUAUGCGGAUCGAGCAAAGAAAAUCGUCAAUCAUGCUGUCAUCAACGAGGAUCCAAAUGCAAAAAUCAUUCGCGAGCUUCGUGAAGAGGUCGAACAACUCCGUUUGCAAAUCAGUCAAACAAAGAAAGAACACUCGGAAACGCAAGAGCUUCGAGAUCGAUUGACUGAAUCGGAAAGAAUCGUCGAACAGAUGAACAAAUCCUGGGAAGACAGGCUAAAAGAAACCGACAGUGUUUACAAAGAACGACAACGAGAUCUGGCCAACAUUGGGAUCUCCGUGGAAAGCUCUGGAAUCAAAGUGAUGAAGGACAAGUUCUACCUAGUCAAUCUCAACGCCGAUCCUUCUUUGAAUGAGCUACUCGUCUAUUAUCUCAAUAUGGUGGCAAUCAUUGGAAGCUCUGAGGUGGAGUCGGAAUCAGAUCGGCCGGACAUUGUGCUACAAGGACUUGGAAUUCAGCCGCACCAUGCUCUAUUGGAGAUUGUUGAAGAGUUUGGAAGACACCGACUCUACAUCACUCCACUUUCGAAAGAGGCUAGAAUUUGUGUAAAUGGAAAAGAAAUCGAGGACAAGACCCUAUUACGGCACGGAUUUCGUCUCCUCAUCGGUAUCAAUCAUUACUUCAAAGUGAAUUGUCCCCGCGAGGGAGACAUGGCUCAAUCGAUCAUGGAUGAGAGUGCCGUCUUUGAUUAUGAUGAUGCUUGGCAUGAGGCUAACUCCGGCUCAUCUGCCAACGUCGAUCAAUACGUGGAGCAACUGGCCAGGAAACACGAAGAAGAAAAGCAAGCCGCUUUAGAACAACAAUACGAGGCAUUCGAGCGAUACAUUCAAAAUCUAACUGCUGGAGGCAUGACUCCUUGCACUCCAAUGACACCUGGCUUUGGUCUAAUGACUCCCUUGGGAACCCCAGGAUCAGCGCUGCCCCCUUUCGGCUUUCCGACGAAUCCCCGGCAAAGCGUUAGAAACAAAUUUUUCUAUUGGGCUCAGAAGAGAGAAGAAAUGUUUGCCGAGGCAUUGACGAAACUGAAGAAAGAGAUCGUUCGAGCAAAUGCCUUGGUGAGAGAGGCGAAUAUGAUCAGUCGAGAGCUGGCAAAUAGUCGGAGACAGACAACGUAUGAUGUGACUCUGCAAAUUCCGGCUAGCAAUCUACGACCAAGUAAAAUCAAGGACGGUGGUUUUGUCUGUGAGCCCGUUGUCGUUGUCCGAAGAGUGGGAAUGGCCGGCUGCCAACUCUGGUCACUCACUCAACUCGAGAACAAACUAGUGGAUAUGAGAGAUCUCUACAACGACAAGUUGAAUGGAAUUGAAAGAUAUUCACCCCAAGUCUCUCCUGAAUGCUCACCGAUUCGCGUGUUGCCGAAUGGUUUCGAGGAACGACCCGAUGGAAGUGUCACUUUUGAUCCGUUCUUUGAUUCUCAACAAAAUCAUUCACUUGUCGGAGUGGCGAAUGUGUUCUUGGAGGUGCUCUUCCACGAGUUGAAGCUAGAUUAUCAGGUUCCAAUAAUCUCUCAACAAGGUGAAGUGGCUGGUCGACUUCAUGUCGAGGUUUAUCGCCUUCCAAGCAACACUUCAAACGAUUCACUAAAUGAGAGCACUGACAGCGGAAUUGAGCCCGGCAGACCGGAAAGUAUGCUUGGGAAAACGAUUACUUGUCGGUUCCGAAUAAAGAGAGCGAUCAAUCUGCCCGCGAAUCUUUCUCACUUUGUUUUUUGUCAAUAUUCGUUUUUCAACUUGAGCGAGAUGCUUGUCGUGGCACCAACGUUUGACCCAUCGAUCGAGGGUGAAGGGCUUGUACAUCAAAAUAAUUUCGUUUUCGAUCAUCAAAAGGACUUUGACGUGGUGGUAACGGAAGAGUUUUUGGAGUACUGUCAAGAGGAUGCAUUGUCGAUUGAGGUUUGGGGGCACAGGAGUUGCGGCUUCGACUCAAGCGAGAUGAGAAUGGAGUUGGAGCUGAAAAACAAAACGUUACAAGAUCGUUGGCGUGAAGUCUCAAGACGACUCGAGUUAUCCAUUCAAAUCAUGGAGAUCAACGACAGUGGAAACUAUGCACCAGUUGAGGUCUUGGAAAAACCUGAUGUACCGACUGGAGGAGUGUAUCAACUUAAACAAGGCCAACAAAGAAGAAUCAUUGCUGGCCUUUCUCUUCCACAAAAUGGAGGCGGUCUUCCAUUGAGUAUUGAAGCUAUCACUUCUGUGAGUAUUGGCUGUGUCUGCACCAGGGUCGCUGGAGCCCAUUCAGCUCUUGACUCCUACCAAGAAGAGGAUCUCGAAAGACUUCGACGGCAAUGGUCUCAAGCUCUGAAAAACCGUCAAAAAUAUCUUGAAGAGCAACUCAGCAAGGUUUCUACGACAAACGGGAGAAGAUCAGAAAAAGAAUCGGAAAGGGAACAUUCAUUGAUGAGUCAAUGGGUGUCACUAGCUGAGGAAAGAUCAGCACUUUCUAUUCCAGCACCAAACACUGAUAUUCCUGGAGCGCCGAGUGAUUGGAUUCCUCCACUUGGUGUUGAGCAACAUGUGCCCGUUCUCUUUCUCGAUUUGAACGCAGAUGAUAUGACUGGAGAAAUUCAAGACGAAGAAUUCUCUCCACAACUCCCCGGCGCUAACUGCAUUCUGCCCAAAGAGAACAAAGGCGGACCAUUGCUACUGCUACCGAUUUUGGAAAGAACUGAUACAACAGCCACUUGUUCUUGGGACAGCUCGAUCCACGACGAACCGUGUCUUAAUGUGGCCACUGAUGGAUCGCAAAGAAUCUACGCUAUUGUGAAGGUUUUAAUUCGCCUCUCUCACCCAAAACCGAUGGACAUUGUGUUGAGGAAACGAAUUUGUCUCUCAGUCUACAAAAAACCGUCGAUAACGGAGAGGAUUCUGAAGAGAAUAGUCGGAACGGAAAGCACCGACAUGACAAGUGUCUGGUAUGACAUUGUGGCUCAUGUUCCGAAAACUUCGCACGACAUGGAAGAUCGAUCAACUUUGGCGAUGAUGGCUGCCCGGGCUGGAAGCGAAGACGAUUCGUUGACCGAUCAAGAGAAAGAGACACGUCAACUCUCCUACAUUGAGGCCUACACAAAAAGCAUUCAAACGGUGGAAUCAAUGCUGAAAUUGGACAGAUUGAGACAAGAAGUGGCUAUCACGAAUAUGCUCACAAAGAAAGAAAGGCAAGCGAGGAUGCAACAUUUGGGGCUUAACAGUGGACAAUUUCGAAUGAAACGUGCGGUCAGCUUGCCGAAUACGAUCGCGAAUGCUGUGAAUCAGCAACUCUCCGUUUCAUCUCAUCCGACAACAAACGGUCAAUCGAACGAUGACUCUAGGAGAUCAUUGGAGUCAUCAAUGAGCAGCAGUGUUAUGACAUCAUCACUCGCCCGUCCAACCUUCCUAAACCUUAAACCACUAAAGUUGAACAGUUUGGUGAGUCCGUUGAGUGAACGAUUGUCGGGAAUCGAUGAGGAGUGUCUCCGUGAGCCAGUUCGAUCGUCCACAGUUCCUGAAACCAUGCAGACAACUCUCACGAAUGCUUGCAGCAAAAAUAUCUCGGACACGAAUGGGAAUUCAUCUUUAUUCGCGAGUGUCUCCUCCACGUCAUCCGGUGUCAGUUCGGGAGUCGAUGAUUGUCGAACAACCGUCAAUCUCUCUCAAAACAACAACCUUCUCUCAACGAAACAAGAAUGU